AUGCGGCUGCCGGAGCUGUGCCUGGCGCUGCUCUGCGCCGCCGGCACCGGCACCGAAGCGCCGCGGGCAGCCCGGGAGCGGCCGCUGGCCCCGGAGCGCGGCGCGGCCCGUGUGGAUCCCCGGCAGGCCUGGAUGCUGCUGGCCGGGAGCCCCGGGAGGGACAGCGGAGAGCGGGGCCGUGGCGGCUCCGGGGCUCUCACGGCCCCAGCGGGCCCCGGCACCCCGGGGAAAUCAACCGCGGGAGCCGGGGCUGGCCCGGCCGUGCCCGAGGAGCUGCUGAGGGAGCUGCAGCUCCUGCUCAGAGGCACGGCAAAGAUGUGCAGGACAGCUGGGGAAGGGUCUAAGGAGGAGGAAAGCAGCAAAGGCAGCGCCCAGCGUCGUGUGGAAGCGGCCUUCCAUUGCCGGACGCGUGCAGACAUCGCUGUGGAGCAGAAGACGUGGCUGGAGCUGGGGCAGUUCUACAUUCCUGAGAGGGAGGAGAUGUUCCAGCGUGGCCCGGGGCUGAACCUGACCAGCGGGCAGUACACAGCCCCCCUUGCGGGAUUCUACACCUUCAGCAGCACGCUGCACAUCGCGCGCAGGGAGCCGCGGAGGAAGAGGCAGGGAUGCCGCGGGAGCCGCCUGCGGCUGCUGAUCUGCGUGCAGUCCUGCUGCCAGCACAACAGCCAUCUGGAGAGCGUAUCCCAGCUGGAGAGCAGCGGGGAGCUUUUCACCAUCACUGUCACAGGCACCCUUUACCUGCAGUGCUGUGCUGCUGGGAGUGUGAAGAGGCUGAACCGUGCUGAACCCAGACCCUUCCCUCUGCCUGCCACCAUCGUGCCUCCCCUGCUCAGCACCAAGCCUAAGGAAGAACAUUUGCUCAUGCAGGGAGCUGCAGUCUGGUCCGAUACUGCUCAUGCUGAAGAUGGACAAAAGAUCAUGAAGGAGAUGAUGAUGAUGAUGACAGUAAUAAAGCAGCCUGAGCAGGACCUAAAGGCAUUCACUUUUAUCUAAAGGCUAAAAGUUUAUCUUGGGAAACACAGCUGGCAGUGGCAGCAGAUGGCUGCCCAGGGCUCAGCUCCCACUGUGCAUGGUACAAAGCCCCACAAUUCCAUUUUUGCCCUCAGUGCACUUCCCUUCUCUGCCCAGACUCAGUCUCAGCAGCCCAGGCCAGAUUCUGCAUUGCUUUAGCCCCUGCAGUGUGUGAGCAGGGGCUUUGCUGGCAGGAGCCAACAUCCUUCACACCAAUCAUCAAAGCCAAGU